AUGAAGGCUGGAGUUUCGUCAGAGGCUGAGCCACCCUCAAAGAAGCAGAAGAAAGGUAAGAAACAGAAGGAGGUGAAAAUCAAUGAGGGUGAAACUGCUGUUGUAGAGGAGAAGGAGAGUGCAAAAGAGAAGGGUCGUAGCGAAGCGGUUCUGCUGAACAUAGUUGCUCAUCUCGAGAAGUUGGACCGAAAAUUUGACUCGAGAUUAAAAGAAUACGACACCAAGUUUGGAGAUUUUUCCCAAGGCCUUUUGGAUACCAUUGGAGAUACAGUGAAAACUACAGUUGAAGAGCGUCUGAGAGUUUUGGGGGUGUCCAAUAGUAGUCAACCUGAAGGUCAACACGUGAUGGUCUCAGAAGACAACCAACAGCCGGAGUCCAAUAGUGGUCAACCUGAUGGUCAAAACGUGAUGGUCUCAGAAGACAACCGACAGCCGGACUCCAAUAGUGGUCAACCUGCAUCUAAGACCCCUAUUGAUAAACAGUCCGAAGACAGCCAACCGCAAAAGACCCCUGAUAAACGCCAAUCUGAGAAGAAUCUGGCAGAUGAUAUUGCUAAAGCUGAUGCGAAAGGUAUGGGAGCAAAGCUGAAUUCGAAGGUUGUCAGGGAUAAGGCUGUUGGGGUGAAAAAGAACUUGGAUUCGGCGUUUGGUAAUGCCUAUGCAACAAAUGCUGAUUUGGUCUCUGAUUCUCCUGGAAAGGAACCACCAUUCGGACGCGGUUGCAGGGGCUUAGGGAAAAGAAAUAACUUAGCGGCUGAUUUGGAGAGGAAUGAAACUGAGUUAAAGAAGAAGCAGAAGGAAAUUCCACAUGGAGAAGCUCACGAGGAUAUUGAGUUCUACAGAAUCCUCAUCACUCCAAGACCUUGGCCCAUCAAAGAAUAUGGAUGGCUGGUUCAAAAUCAUAUUGCUUCGUAUAUUAGAGUCCUCAUUCAAAGGUCCAAACAAGAUCCCAGUCCAUUCUGGUCCAAGCGCGUUGCCUUUAUAGACUCUUGGUUCCUUGAAUCAUGGGUUCACGAUUAUAAGCAGUUCGAAGUCAAACCAGAAAUGGUCAAAUUCAAAGGAAGUGGUUACGAGAAGUUAGCAAACGGUUUGAUCCCCACAGACAUUCAGACAAAGUUGCGGUGGUUUACAGAUGUAGAUCACUUGUACGGAGUGGUUAAUAUUGGCGGCAAUCAUUGGGUGGGUUUUCACGCGGAUCUGCAUAAAGAGAAGGUUGAUUGCUAUGAUUCAAUCGUUGGAGAGAAAACACUCGAAAGUGAUCUGAGAAUGCUAAAAUUCUUUGGGCCGCAUACUCGUAUGCUCCCUGCGAUUCUGAAUGCCUUUAUUCCUGAUGAUAUCCGAGUCCAUACCAAGAAAGAUUUUGUAUUCAGACGAAGAACAAAACGUAUUGUUCCACAAAACAACCUGAGAGGCGACUGUGGAGUGUAUUCAUUGAAGUUCGUCGAGUGUCUAGCGCUUGGUGUAGCUUUUGAUGGGAUAUCGGAUGAAAAUAUUCAAGGUCUGAGAAUGAAGAUGGCAGCAGAUGUCUUCAAUGAAGGAAGUUGUUGUAGUUUGGUAGGGUCGUUUGGCGAUGAAUGA